UUGCAAUAUCAUGAACUCGAAUUAUAUUAAUUUUUUUUUAAAUAAUCAUAUGCUCCAUUUGUUCCUGAUUUUAAUUUCUAAAGUGAGUAAAUUUACUUUUUUCAUUACUUCUUGAUAAAUGAGUAUCGUAAAUUUUUUUAAAAAGUGUACUUAGAAAUCCGUUAUGAUUAAUCAUUUUCCCUCAAAAAUACAAACAAAACCUUGGAUCCAUAAACUCAAACUUUAGUCGAUCGCUUCUGUCCAAGAAAAAAUAAAAAGAAAAGAAAAAAAUCUCUUUUCCAAAAUCCCUCUUUUGGAUCUUUCCGGCUUCCGCAAAUUUCAUCCAAUCCAUAUGCAGGUCUCCGCCAUGGAUUUCUUCCGCAAGGCCAAAUCAGUGAAGCUGAAGAGCCGCCACGACAAGUAUCUGACGGCCGGCGGCGACGAUCACUCCGUCUUCCAGGAGCGGUCGGAGAAAUCGGUGAUAUGGACGGUGGAGUUCGUGGAGGGAGCCGGCGGCGUGGUGCGGCUGCGGAGCGGCUCCGGCAAGUAUCUGACGGCGCUGGACGAGGAGUUCCUCCUCGGCGUCACCGGCAGGAAAGUGGUCCUGACGCUGCCGGCGAAGCUGGACUCGUCGGUGGAGUGGGAGCCGAUCAGGGACGGGAUGCAGAUCAAGCUCAAGACCAGGUACGGCAACUACCUGCGCGCCAACGGCGGCGUGCCGCCGUGGCGGAACUCCGUCACGCACGACAUCCCUCACAGGCACCACGAUUGGAUCCUCUGGGACGUCGAGGUCGUCGACCUGCGCUCCGACGCCGAUUUGUCCGAGGAUGACGUCACCUCUUCCAAUUUCACUCUCCGUUUGCCGAGUAACGUGUCUAGUUCAUCGGAAGAUUCAUCGAGGAAGUACGAAGGUCGGCUUAUAUAUUACUAUGUUGUGGACGAUGAUGGGAAUGCCGAUGAUUCAGUUGAAGGCCUCUGUUUGCAGCUGAAAGGGAGUAGGCUAGAGGACUUGAUUCAAAGGUUGGAGGAAGAAAGCGGGCUACACGACAUUAUCGUCUGCUCUCGUAGUCGUUUUGAUGGCAAACUUUAUCCGCUUCGCUUGGCCCUGCCUCCGGACAACGCCCCGAUGCACGUCUUCGUAGUCCCCUCGACCUCCAAAGCGGCAAAUGAGUUGAUGCCAUCUUAGAAUUACUGGUCUGAGUCGCGAUGUUAUAAGCUCGUGUUGAGUGAAUUUUGGUUAUGGUGUAGAAACAACACUAGAUGGUGAUGAAGAUGAAAUUAAAGAGGUGAAAUAGACUCCGACUUAUGGUGUCUUUGAAGAUGAGACGUAGUAUUGUUAUUACAAUGGAAACUUACAAACGUUGUUUGUCUCAAAGUUAAUUAUACUAUUGCUCUCAGCUCUUCGCUUUAAA